ACCGCAAACGACAGUUUCUAUUGGACAAAUCCCAUUUCGUACCAUCUGUUUCGGUAAACGGUUUCCAUAAUGAAUACGCUCCUGCUGUGAUACAUUGUUGUAGGAAGAAUAAUUCUGGAUACAUUUGUGUCAUUGCGCGUAUCAMCGAAAUAUUACUACAAACAAUGGAGGACUAUCAACCACUCAGUUGAAGUUUACAUAGACGUUUUGGCUUUAAAUUGGAUGCUAAAAAAGCAUAGUAUACUGUUCUCAUUGUGAGCAAAGCUUUUCCUACCAUCACAGCAAUAUACGCUUGCAAUACCAUUUGCUGGGGGGAAAAACACAGGUGAUCAACGGUCCCUAGUUUGAGACAGGUUCCUAAACUCCUGGGCUCAAACUCCUUGGCGGUGAAAAUAUUUCAGUCAGGAGAACAUCUUGAGUGAUCUCCGACAACUCUAACAUGGAUUUCCGAGGGUACCCCCUGUCCAGCAGUCUGGCCCCAAAUUUGAGGAGAAGGGGGGAACGGGGAGCAACAGGACUGGUUCUGGAUAGGCGCAAGUCAACCGUUUGGAAUUACUACAUCCAGCUUAAUGAGAUGUAUGUUGAGUGUAAUAUAUGCAAGAGGCAGUUGUCUUUUCACAACAGCACUACGACUAUGAGGGAACACCUUGUCCGCAAACAUAAUAUACGCGACAAYGCACCACCUGUACUUGAUAACACAGCAGUGGCCGGGGCCCCGAUUCCAGCUACAUCACUCCAGCCAAUGGCCCAGCCCGGAUUCCCCUGCAACAUCUCUACUACAUCUGCCACAGCCAACACAUGCAUGUUCCAGACAGAUUUGCACAUAGUUGUAAAAGAGGAGCAGCAGGAYGCUGACUUAUCUCCUGAACAAGGGACGGCCAAACGUGCCCGAAUCACAUGUGCUCCUCCCCUAGAUGUAGGAGGCGGUGCCAAUGCAAUCCCUGUCACCAGCCAAGAUCUGGAACCGUCAAACUCAAAUACUGGAUUACUAUACAGUGAAAACAACAACUUUGGUGAUACCAACCGUAGUGGUAUCACCACCAAAGAAUCCAAUGGCAAGCGUACUGGGGUUCUGACUGACCUAAUAUUGGAAAUGGUGUACAGGGACUUGCAACCACUGUCUGUGGUGGAGGAGAGGGGAUUUCGUCUUCUAUUGAGCUGCUUAGAACCACAGUACCCAGUGCCGUCUCCCUCUCAGCUUGGCAGCCUUCUUUGGCAUCACUAUGAUGUUCUGAAACGGCACCUGCAGCAGUAUCUUCAGUCUGGCCUGGCUCCACGUUGCAUAACACUUUGCACUGAGUACUGGCAGUCCGUAGCAGGUUGUGCGGUGGGAGCAGGCGGUCGGCUCUUCUUCACUGUAAGUGCACAUUUUGUUGACAAAGACUGGCGCUUGGCCCGUUGUGUGCUGCAGACCUGUCCCAUGCCCGAUAUCAGAGAGAAGAUUUGUGAAAGAGGUUUCCUUCAAUUUGGGGACACGCUGAAGGCAGUUCUCUCUGAAUUCCAUCUUCCCCAGAGCUCUGUUUUCUGUGUUGUACAUGACACUCCCAGGAUCUCAGAGGCCAGAGGGACUGAGAAUAUGGGAGUCCCGAAAGAAAAAGUUAAUCGUACUGCUGGACCACACCAAUCACCUCAGGAUCUCCCAGAAGGCUGGGUAGCGUUACACUGUGCAGGGGAAGCCCUCAAACUCUGCAUCCAGGAAGGACUAUGGAUGGAACCUGUCAGACAGGCUCUUGCGGAGGCCCGCAGGAUUAUCUCACAUUUCCAGCAUGACGCACCUGCUGCCGCCGCUCUGAUCCACAAGGCAGAGGCGGCGAAUAAGGCAGGCGCUUGUCUAGUGCUGGAUGACCCAGGGCGCUGGGCAACUGCUAUCGACAUGUGUGAGAGUCUGCUCGAGCUGAAGUGGGUGGUGAGCUCAGUUCUCGAGGAGCAGAAAGCUGCUCCAAAUUUAGCGGACCACCAGUGGCGCCUCCUCCAGGAACUGGUGCCAGUACUUAAGACCGUGCGCAUCGCUGCCUCCUUCUUGAGCGAGGACAUCAAUUUGUCCAUCUCCGCCCUUAUGCCGUGCCUGCAUGGCGUAUCUCGUGUCCUAGAGCAACACAUCGCAGAGACCAGCUGCCCUGUGGCUCGGGGAGUAAUGGAGACGGUGCGGUCAGGGAUGGAGCGACAGUGGAGACUGGGUGAAGAGGAAGCCUUACUGGACAGCCCUGCCGUCCUCUCCUCAUUCCUGGACCCGAGGUUUAAGGAGCUGCGCUUCCUCAGCCCACAUGCACGUAGUAGGCUGCAYGACAAGGUCAAGGAACUAUUAUCUGCUCAAGCACAAAUAGAGGUGGAGGAAAUGAGCAGAGAGUGUGACAAAGGAGGCGASGAUGAGGAUGGCGAAGAGGGAAGGGAAAAGGAAGUGAGGAAUCGGGGAUUGGAUCACUCACAGUCAACCAUCGCUCCUCUGGAUUCACCUGUGUCCUGUGAAUCAAAUGAAGAGGGGGACAUUAUUGUGCUGCAGCAACAGUUAAAGAGGCUGUCCCAGACUGCCCCGUCACAGGUCAGUGGAGAGGGACUGGGUGAAGGCUCRCGCUGCAGUGCUGGAAAUGGUCCCAGGAGAGUAGCAGGACUGUCUAGCCUGUUAAAAGGAGACCUGCAGCCCCCUGCUUAUAGGCAAGUGAGUCAUGUGGCCAAAAGCAUGUACGACAUACUGCUUGGAGAGGAUCCCACUGAGCGAAUGCCUGAGAUCCACCAACAGCUGGAGAACUACAUUGCAGAGCCGCUGUGCAAACGCAGCCUGUCACCUCUCCACUGGUGGCGCUCUAAGGAGCAUCGCUUCCCUGCCGUGGCCAGACUUGCCCGCACAUUUCUGGCUAUCCCUGCUACUGCUGUGCCUGCAGACAGGGCCUUUGCUCCUAGAGAGACUACUGUUGCUCAACGCAGGGCCAUUCUGGGGCCCCAUCAUUUAGAUCAUAUUCUAUUCCUUCACCAGAACAGCGACUAUGUGGAGAAACUGAUGGGAGGGUCUACGGGGCAAGAAGAGAGGGGCAGUGACAGGAAUGGAGCCAAGCAGACUCUGUAUCAGUCUUUAGUGUCCUACGAGAGCAAGGCUUGGGUGGGAGGGGAGAAGUUGUGAUCAGUCUACAUACCUUGUUUUCUAAAGUAAAGAACUAUGUUGUGCAUAGGCCUCUGAGAAAAGAUCCAUCCAUUCAUGCCCAAGAUUUAUCUGACUUCAACUCAUCUAGGUGAAGAGUUUGAAAAAUCAACGACAAGGCAAAGCAAAUAAUACAGCUACUGGACUCAAGACACACUUGUGUGGCGUCUGUAUUUACAUGUAAAAUAGUGUCUGGCCUACAUAUCUACAUUUGAGUUGUGAUUUACAUCAUACAUCAUUGUAAAGUGCUUUCAGAAAUAUGUAGCCUAUGUGUAAAGGUGUGCGAAGUUGUAGAUGUACRGUCACUCUUGUUGAAUGGCAACAGAAAUGCAUGUUAUUCUUGGUUUGCAUAAAGUAAAAUCACUGGUUCAAAUGAGAAGCUUGUACAGUAAUUGCAGCAUGAUGUCGAUUUAGAAAUGAGAAGCGUCUCAAACACUAACUGUGAAAAACUGUUGUAAUUAAAGGAAUGGYUGAAAACAACAUUGUUCAGACAAACACAUUUAUUUUAAAACACCUGAGUGAGACAAGUUUAACUUUCAUCAACACUCUCACAUAGAGGACAUGCCAGUCAGGUAAAGGCCGUACACUUCCUGAACUAGUGGAUUGUUCAUCAAGAAUUUUAACUUAAAGAACAUAACACAAGAUCCAAUCCAGAAGUGUUAAACUCAGGCCAAAACKGUUUGUGAGGAGCGGGCCACAGUUCAGUAAAUACAUUCUCUGUUCUCAGCUGCCCAGGAUCUAACCCUGAUUCAUAUUCAUUUUUUAUAACCAAUUGUCAAUGUCUUGUAGUUGUAUACAAAGAGUAAUAACUCCAAUAAUAACUGAAUUCUUUUACAAUGGAUUAUUCAAUUGAGCAUACCAGGCAAACUUUGGCUUUCAUAUUGACACAAAUGUAAUUAAAACCACAGGACAUUUUAGCAAGGAUUUCAGGUUGCUUAAAAAGAGCAUGUUGUUUAGAAACUUUAGGACAAUGUGAACCAACAAUAACAGAACCAGUUGUCCAACAACAGAGAAUGACAAAGGAACAUGAAUGCAACAUCACAUAAAGUYCUAAACCUUAUAGUAAGUAGGGUGUGUUUUUUGGAGAGAAAAAAAACAUGUCAAUUGUCGUUGCUUUCUAUAGUUUAACAUUAUUUCUGAAGUGAUUUUCAAUAAAUACCUGCCAAUAUGAA